AUGACCAGCACAACCACCGCUGACACGCCCACCACGGAGACAACCACAACUGACACAACCGUCACAGAGACGACCACCACUGACACAACUGCCAUGGAGACAACCAUGACCAACACAACCACCACAGAGACAACCAUCACUGACACGACCACCGGGGAGACAACCACAACUGACACAAACAUCACAGAGACGAGCACCACUGACACAACUGCCACAGAGACAACCAUGACCAACACAACCACCAUGGAGACAACCAUGACCAACACAACCACGACCAACACAACCACGACCAACACAACCACCACAGAGACAACCACCACUGACACGACCACCACAGAGACAGCCACCAAGAUAACCACCACCCCUAUGACCGCUGCUUCGAACGCCACGAUCUCCAAAAGCACAAGUGGCAACAAGACCGAAACCUCUGUCUCCUCCCACACCACAGUCUUCCCCACUACAGGCCACACCACAAAGCUCCAGUCCAGCAACAGCCCCACAGGCAGCCCCACAGGCAGCAGCACUGCAGUGCCCAUCUCUAGCAGCGCUACCAUCUCUCACACCAAUAUCACCACGAACAGCAGCAACUUCAGCACCACCACAACCACCAGCAGCUCCGCGGUUCCCACCUCCCCCACGGGUGGUGGCACAGUGAUCCUCACCUCCAGCACCAAAGACAACGGGAGCAGCAGCACUCACGUCAUCCCCACGCAGGAAACCUCUGUCACCACUCAGGGCAGCACAGCUCCAAGGCAGACCCCCACAGCUGUUCUGGGCAACAGCAGCAGUCCCAACCCCACCAGAGCCACAGUCCAGCUGCUUGUCCGCGUCCUGCUGUCCUUCCGCAUCCUCAACAGGAGCUUCAACGAGAGCCUGCGCGACCCCACGUCGAAAGACUACAGGAGCCUGAGCCACGCUAUCUUGGCCAUGUUUGAAUACGUCUUUGGCUGCGUGGGCUGCAUGGACGGGCAGACCUACAAGGGAUGCACCGAGCUCCUUUUCAGCCAAGGCUCGGUGGCGGUGCAGUCCACCCUCGUGUUUGGGCACAGCAAUGACACCAUCGCCAGCAAUGCUGCUGAGCAGCAGCUGAGGAGCAAACUGAACAAGGAGGGCUUCAUCAUGGACCUGCAUCUGGCCGACAUCCGGAGCACUGUGGAGGUGACGUCCCCAGCACCAGUGUCUGUGGUCCCGGGUUGGGCCAUUGCUCUGCUGGUCCUGGUCUGUAUCGUGCUGCUGCUGAGCAUCCUCACCUGCCUUCUGCUG